AUGGAACAGCCUUUAGUGAGAAAUAUUGAGCUGGACAAGAUUUGCCGCAUUUGUUUAGUUGUUAAGAAAGAAAUGCGGCCUCUUUUCGGGGAAAUGGUUGCCGAAAUGCUGAUGGAGAUUGCCAAAAUACAGAUUGAUCAGAUGGAUGGCUGGCCAGACAAAAUCUGUGUUCAAUGCAUUCAUCAAGUAAGUCGCUGUCAUGCGUUUAAGACGCGUGUGGAAAAGUCUGACAUAGCACUGCGGCAAUACAUCAAAGGCAUCACAGUUAUACCGGAACAGCAACAGAAAGUAUCUCUUCAGGCUGAAAUGCCAAAAAUAAACUUAAAUCCACCGAAACUCCAACCAGUAGCUCCGGCCCUGUUACCCCCGCAACUACACGAACUGCAUAUCCAGCGGACGGAUAUGCAGGCAAUCCAAACGGAAACGCCUGUCGCUGCCCCUGCCAUGAUUCUGACAAGUGCACAGUUGAUCAAUGCUGGAGCGCAGAUCAUAAACACUGGCCACAUUAUAACCACGGCCACUGGGCAGCAAAUUAUUCAAACAACGCCACAAUUUCAGGCGGCAUCGAUCGGGCAGUUCAUACAAGGUCCAAACAAUACAGUACAAAUGAUAACACAAAACGGUCAUCCAGCGCAGGUUCUGCAAAUUCAACGAACGGCUGACGAUCGCUGCGAAAUUAUAGUGCAACCUGAUCUAGGUGAAACGCAAUACCUGGAAAAUGUUUCUUCCGUCCCCGUGAUGGUCACGGCGCCUUCUGCAAGUACUAUGUCUGGCGAUGGAUUGCAUGCGCAUCAGUUACAGCCGCAACCUCACAUUACAGUUCAGCAAACUGAGCAGACCGAAUUGGAGGAAAGUGAAACGGAAACGCCAAUGCAUGAUAAGCUGGACGAGGAAGUUGAUUAUAUUCUUCCUGAUGAUGAAACGAUUGAAACGGAUGAAAUCAUAGAAGAAUCUGGUGGAAUGGAUGAGACAGAAAUGGAAUAUUAUGCAGAAACAGAAUGCGAGGAGACGGACGACGAAGAAAAGCAGAUAGCGGAAUUUUUAGCUUUUCAAACAUCGUGUCCUAGUCCGGGUCGGUAUGUUUGUAAUCUUUGCCACAAGGAGUUUAACCAGCCGAAAUGGUUACAUCUGCAUAUGUCAUCGCACACAAAUUGGAUCAAGGCAAAUUGUAAAAAGCAACCGGAAUGUGAGAUUUGUCAUAAAAGCUUCCGAGGGCCGGGUAUGCUUCGAAUGCAUAUGAAAACACACGAGAAGGUGAACAAAAUACCUACUUGCAGCAUUUGCAAUAAGGAGUUCAAAUCGAAAUCUAUUUUGUAUCGCCAUCGUCAAACACAUUUUGAGAAAACAUUUGAAUGCUCGAUGUGUGAAAAGAAAUUCAGCUCUAACUAUCAGUUAAACAUCCAUGAGCAGCGUCAUAAAAAACAGAAAUGUCACAAAUGUCCGCACUGUGAUAAAUCAUUUUUCGUCGAGGCGGAUUUAAAAAAUCACAUCCAGCAUCAUUUGGGAAUCAAACAAAAGCCGAACAAAAAAAUUGCCAUCAGCAGAAGCUAAUCGAUGGGGGUACAAGCGAUUAACAAUGCAUUGUAGAAAAAUAGCAUACUCAGAAGCAUUCGAGCAAGAA